AUGUCAUCACAAACUGCCACGGCUGAGGGCGAGGCGCCACUGCUCCGCUCCCGUCACGAUGGCUCCCGAACCCCCUCGUUAGCGCUCCUCCUCGGCCGGGCUGGCCGCCGUGGCCCCUCCAUGCUGGUGCGGGAGACAGCUGCCCGGGAGCUGGAGGAGCGCCGCGCUGACUGGGGUUAUUCCAAGCCGGUGGUGGCGCUCGAUAUGUCAUGGAACAUGGCCUUCGUCGUCGUCUCGGUGGCCAUGCUCGCAUGCACCACUCGAGAGCAGCCUAACACGCCGAUCCGCGAGUGGAUCGUUGGGUACGCGCUGCAGUGCCUUGUGCAUGUGGUGCUCGUGUGGCUCGAGUACAGGCGCCGGAGUCGGAGAGAAUCACUCCGUGCCGCAAGGGACGUGGGGAACAGUGCCCCAAGCGAUGCUGGCGGCAGCGACAGCGACGAAGAUGGGAGCUCUGGCAUCUCUUCUCGCUCCCGGUUCACAAAACGAUGUGAAUCAUUAAAUACUGGGGUUUCAUUCCUUUGGUGGAUAGUGGGUUUUUACUGGGUUGUCUCUGGUGGUGAUAUGCUUCUGCAAGAUGCCCCACGAUUGUACUGGUUGUCUGUUGUCUUUCUGGCAUUUGAUGUUUUUUUUGCCAUAUUUUGUGUUGUCUUGGCGUGCUUGAUUGGAAUUGCUCUCUGUUGUUGUUUGCCCUGCAUCAUUGCAAUUCUCUAUGCUGUUGCAGGACAGGAAGGUGCGUCUGAAGCAGAUCUUAGCAUACUUCCAAAAUACAAGUUUCGAAUAUCAAGCAGUGAGGAUAAGUCCAAUGGUGGAGCUGGAUCAAUGGUUCCAAUUGAAACUAACAGUGCUUACUUGGCAAAUGAACGAGUGCUUUUACCAGAGGAUGCGGAAUGCUGUAUAUGCCUCUGUUCGUAUGAGGAUGGAGCAGAGCUCCAUGCUCUUCCUUGCAACCAUCAUUUUCAUUCUUCAUGUAUAGUGAAAUGGCUGAAGAUGAAUGCCACUUGUCCUCUCUGCAAGUACAAUAUUCUCAAGGGAAAUGAUCAAGUGUGA